AUGGCACUGUUAACUCAAGCCAAUCACAGCACCACACGGUUUACCCUGCGUGGCUUCCCAGGGAUGGAGGCAGCGCACUGCUGGAUUGGCAUCCCCAUUUUUUCCGCCUACCUGUUUGCAGUGCUGGGCAACUGCACCAUUCUGUACAUCAUACGGACAGAGCCGAGCCUGCACCAGCCCAUGUACUAUUUCCUGGCCAUGCUGGCUACCACCGACCUGGGCCUCUGCAUCACCACCGUGCCCACCGUGAUGGGAGUCCUCUGGUUCCAGCUGCAAAAGAUCAGCAAACAUGGAUGCCUUUCUCAAGGCUACAUCUUCCACUCAUUAUCCUUCAUGGAGUCAGCUGUGCUCUUCGCCAUGUCUGUGGACCGCUACCUUGCCAUCUGCUUUCCUCUGAGAUAUGCAGCUCUGCUGACCGCCAGUCGAGUGGCCAGAAUUGGCCUGGUCCUCCUGCUAAGAAGCACCUUGACCUUAAUUCCCCCCCUGUAUAUCCUCCUGCACUUUCCCUAUUGUCCAGUUGCAAUCCUUUCUCACUCAUUCUGUGUGCACCAAGACGUGAUCCGCCUAGCAUGCGCUGACACAACCGUUACCAGUUUCUAUGGCCUCACCAUUAUCCUUUUCACCUUGGGCUGUGAUCUCCUCUUCAUCCUCAUCUCCUACAGCCUGAUCUUGAAGGCAGUCCUGGGCAUGAGUGCUGGGAAUGAAGGCCACCAGAAGGCCCUGGGUACCUGCAUCUCCCACAUCUGCGCCGUCCUGGUCUUCUACGUCCCAGUGCUCGGGCUCUCCAUUGUGCACCGGUUCGGCCAGCAUGCCUCUCCCCUUCUCCAUGUCAUUAUGGGCAACAUCUACAUCCUUCUCCCACCCGUGAUGAACCCCGUCAUCUACAGCAUCAAAACAAAGCAGAUCUACACCCGGAUCCUCAGAAUAACUUCUGCCUUGAAUCCUUUUGGAAGAAAAGGGAGCUAA